UUAGGUUUCAUAUUAUAUGGAGUCACUAUUCCUGUAUUAUUGAGGCGUCCUUCUAUGUUGUAAUACUAAUCCUCGUGCUUGUGUUGUGUAGGUCUGGAAUACUUUAUAUCGUCUUUAUUAAUCGCCAUGUUGGUAGCUUCUCGUUGUUUGUUUGGUGUAUUGCCUUGUGCUGCUGAGUCUGCAGUCGGCGCUUCGCGUCAAUCUACGUAUUUAGCUUGCAAUUUGGGUGUUGGUGUUGCGCGUCGUGGUUGUGUAUCGGUUGUUCGUUGUCCCAGUAGUGAUUCAUCGUAUGGUUUGUUAUCUUGGAGUUUUGGCAAUGUGUCUUCUAUGCGUGGAAGCAUUAUAGGGUCUCGUCGUUACUUUGCGAUUGGUACCUUUGUGCGCACUAAGGAGCAUUUGAAUAUCGGUACUAUAGGUCACGUUGACCAUGGUAAGACUACAUUGACAGCUGCAUUGACCAAGGUCUGUUCGAUGGGUGGUCAUGGCGAGUACACUCCUUAUGAAGCAAUUGACCGUGCUCCUGAGGAGCGUAAACGUGGUAUUACUAUAAAUUCGACACAUGUUGAAUAUGAGACUAAGAACCGUCAUUACGGUCACGUGGACUGUCCAGGUCACUCUGAUUAUGUGAAGAACAUGAUAUCUGGCGCUGCUCAGAUGGAUGGUGCCAUAUUGGUUGUUUCUUGUGUUGACGGUCCCAUGCCUCAGACUAAGGAACACGUGCUGCUUGCUAAGCAGAUUGGUGUGCCACGUUUAGUUGUGUUUUUGAACAAGCUUGAUAUGUUAGAGGACUCUGAGCUAUUGGAGUUGGUGGAGUUAGAGGUUCGUGAGUUAUUGAGUGAGUUUGGUUACGACGGUGACAACACGCCUAUCGUUCGUGGCAGUGCUAUAAAGGCAUUGAACAGUAGUUCCGAGGCUGACAUUAAGCCAAUUCAGGAUUUAUUGGAUGCGUGUGAUGCCUUUUUACUGACUCCAGAACGUAAGGAUGACAUGCCGCUCUUGGUUGCUAUUGACGAUGUUCUUGCCAUUCCUGGCAAGGGUACUGUUGUAACCGGUAGGAUAGAGCAGGGCAAGAUUCGUUGUGGUGACCCUAUUGAGGUUUGCGGCGGUCCGAAGUCCGGCAAGAAGACUGUGUGUGUUGGUCUUGAGAUGUUCCGCAAGAGUCUCAGUGAGGGUAUUGCUGGUGACCAGAUUGGUGUUUUGCUCAAGGGUGUGAAGCGCGACGAGGUAGAGCGCGGGUUUGUAUUGAUUCAGCCCGGUAGUUACAAAUGUCACGGUGAAUUUGAUGCUGACUUGUACGUGUUGACUACGGAGGAAGGUGGACGCAAGCAUCCGUUUGUGUCUAACUACCGUCCUCAGGCGUUUAUACGUACUGGAGACGUUUGCUGCUCAGUUCAUUUGGAUGAGGGUGUUGAGAUGGCAGCUCCUGGUGACAACGUGCGUUGCAAGAUCAAGUUACUUUAUCCCAUGCCUGUCCAUGAAGGUUUACGAUUUGCGCUUCGUGAGGGCGGUCGUACAGUUGCCUCGGGGUUAAUCACAAAGGUGUACUGAUUUAUCAUCGUUUAAUAUAAUAUUUUACUUCU